UUCGACGUCGAAUCACGGCUUCACCAGCCCGGACAAAAGCUAUCAACUCAGAUGUUCACGAGGCUACUCGUUGUGGCCUCCGAAGAACCUCGCUGACAUUGCUCGUCACAUUGAACAGCGCGGAGAUUGCUUUUUGUCGAACCGCAUCCAUGAUCAGACCUCGGUGGCACAGCAUCCAGAGACACUUCAGCGGAGGGUGACAGCAGAAUGUCAGAAGAAGACGAUGCCGGUGAGGCGUAUGCGGAGCAUCACUACGAUGAUUACGGCGAUAAUGAUCACAUAUCUAUCGAAGAGUUUAAUGAAACCCCUCUGCUCUUUGAUCAUAACACACAGCAUGAUCACGUAGGCGGACCCGAGAGAGCCGAAGCCGCAAGCGAGACCCGGCAUGCCAGUGUCGAUCAAAGCAUUGAAGAUCAAGAUUCCUACGAGUACUCAGACCGCUAUGCGGACGCGAAUGGGUACCAUGGUGCCUACGGCCAUGGUGAAACCUUCGACGGUGGCGACUGCGCAGAUGUUGUCGGUGCCGACACGGCUGGCCCAAUUGCAGUUGAGCCUAGACGCAAGCCGGGACGACCUCGUAAGCGUGCAAGUCCAAACGGCAUUCAAAAACGCACCGCGCAGCCCAAACGUCCGGCACCGGGCCGGUCAUAUCUGUCGUCAGCCACAUUGGCGAGGUUUGACGAGCUUCGCGGGUUGCAGAACUCUCAACGGCCAACAACCGAAUCCACGGACAAUGCCCUGGAGCCGCAUGUGGAUGUGGAUGAUGCCCCUAGCGAGGGCGACGACGGGCUUGCUGCGGCGUUGCGACGACAGGCUGCGGCACAACAUUAUUGGCAAUCAACCAAGAAUCUAGGGUUCGGACAAACUAAUACGAAGCACCAUGUCGAGCUUCCUGAGACUUACCACGCCUUCCCCGAGGAGGACCUAACAAUUCAGGGAGCUCCUGUAGCAAAUGCGUUCUUUCAGCAGACCCUCGACCCUCUUGGCGGCUUUGAACUUGACGAAGACCUACUGGAUCGUGGGCCCGGACUUUCAUAUGUCCACGAUAACGUCCAUGAGCAUAGCAGCGGUCUCGCAGGACCAGAGAGCGUACGAGGGAGGCCGCGUGGUCGUGGACGCGGUCGUGGACGCCGUAGCUGGAAGUGGGCGCUCGUCGGCACAACGCAUGACGCUGCCAAAGCUAAGGCUGAGGCGCGAAUCCAGCAAAAAAGCGCCCAAGGCCGUGGCCGUGGGCGGGGUCAGAAUGGCGGCAGAGGUGAAGGAGAGCCAAAGCGAGGUAGGCGUUCUGGUCCGCGCAAACCCGUUGACCCGGGCAAGGAGUUCAAAGGCCUACAAACUCAAGCGAUCUCGGCAUUGAUGGAAGGCAAGCUCGAUGAUGCCCUUUCCUCCGCACAGCUAGCCGUUCAGACCAAUCCGGAAGUUCGAUCAGCCCAUACUCUGUUAUCCGAGAUCUUAGAGAAGCUCCAUCGCAAAGCGGACUCUGUAGGUGCCCUGAUGACUGGGGCUGUCGUCGCAAAGGAUUCAUCGCUGUGGAUCGAGUCCGCAGAACGCACCAUCAGUGUACUGAGACACGAGCUAUCUUGGUCUGAAGUCGCAGACCAAGCGCUGUAUUGCUACAGCAUGUCGGCCAAUCUACAAAAGCGAAUGGGGAUCGAAGACCGUGAACUACAAGCGACCAUACGCAGAGGGAUGCGUGAUAUGCUAAUUGCAGUCGGUAGAAAUGCCAAAGCGCGCCAUGAGUGCAGCUUUCUAUCCUGGCUGAACCCUGGUGACUUCGAAAACGCGGAGACGUAUGCGCAACUCUGUCUUAGGGAGACUGAUGACAUUCCCAAGGCGAAGGAAGCCUAUGAAAAAGCUUUCGAGGCAAGAAAGACUGAGUUCGCGGGUCUGGAUGACAAGGAGCGCGAAGCUUUGUGGUCACAUCUCGACCUUUAUGCGCAACUCGUUGACCGCCACGGUACCACUCGGGAUGAUGGCCUCCGCAAACUUAGCGUCUUUCAGGACGGGCUUCGUAAAGUGAAGCGAUUCGCUCGGUACAUACUCGGUCGCGCAGACGAGUCCUUCUGGGAGAAGCACGAAGGGGAUGACAAGGAGUUUGACAUCGACCACGGGGAGCGACGAGUCUUCGUCGGGGAAUUCCAGCAGGGCAAGGCAAGUCGUGACAAGGCUUUGUUCGGUCAGGGACUGCCACUUGAUCUUCGCAUCAAGUUAGGCAUCUUCCGUGUCAAAAUGGGCAUGUCACAUCACGAAGAAGCAAUGCGCCAUCUGAACCACCUCCUCGCGUUCACCAACGAGAUGGCCGAUCAUGUUGAUCUGUUCGACAUCGUGUCCGAAACAUUGAAAGACCACCUCAUGUACGAUUACGCACUGCAAUUCUACGAGCCUAUGCUUCCUCACCUGCAAGGCACACAUGAGGUCGUUUCGCUUGGACUUGCGCAAGCUUAUAUUGGCACUGGCCGCUAUGAAGACGCGGAGGAUACCCUUCGAGCCUUAAUCAGAGCCGAUCCGCUGAACAAGCAAGGCCGGGUGGACUUGGCAAAGAUGUUCGUACGUCAGGGGUGGAAAGAAGAGGCAUUGCCGCUUUGUGAGGAGUUAAUCCGUCUUGGUCAUCGAGAGGUGGUGAAGGCUCAUGAUCUACCACUUCCACCCGUACAGAGGCGCUUUCACCGCUUACCCAAGGGAGCGAAUGGUGCGGUAGAGGGUGCUGAGGAGCGUCCAACACCUCUAGUGAGUUCGGAUGUCGAUGAGGUUUAUCAACGAGCUGAGCACCUCUGGCCGUCUGUAGAGCAAGACAUGGACGGGGAGGAUGCAGAGGAGUGGCUAGAGCUCGCAGGUGGAUUGGCCGAGACUUUCCGGCAAGAGCGUGCUUUCUUCCCGCUCAAGGAGCGCAACCCAAACGUGCAACCAACCCGCGGACGACCCAGAGUCCGCAGGGAUGACAGCGCUGACGAUGCUGGCAAUCAAAACUCACGCCUAGCCGCACAGACGCCGACAGAUUUCAAAGGCAUACUGCUCGGAGACUGGCACCGCAUCCUUUCCAACCUCGCCCUGCUCUGGGCCGCUCGGGCAGAUUACGCCCGGUCUUACGAAAUACUGUACGACAUCCUGCUGAAAGCGACCAUUUUCUACUACGACCGAAUCUUCUUUGACAUGAGCAAUGCCGUCGCACUCUGCUGUGCUUUGCAAUUCAAUGACAGCCACGCUAUCGCCGAUAUCGCCCGUAAUUACAUUACCAAAAGUGAUGCGCGAGCUAGCAUACCCUUUCACCUCCUUGCAGGCGGGACGCGAUUAUGUUACGGCGAGAACAAUGGCUUCGACUUCGACCCGACACAAAAGUUCGUUAUACGUUCGCUGAAGGGUAUAGAUUACAUGGUCCUGCCACCAGAGCUACGACAGCAGAUACCACAUGGCUCAGAUCUUCCUACUCUCGAAACGCGUCUCAAUAGGUAUGGAUCGGAGACUGGCCAGCUCGAUGCGGGCGUGCUCACUCUGUACGCAAACAUCAUGGCGUUAGCGAAGCACGGUGGGCAGUCAUCCCUGGCGUACUAUCUGCGAGCCCUUGCGAUCGAGCCGGACAACCCGUCGAUCAUCCUGAGUCUCGGACUCACAUACAUUCACAACGCCAUGAAGCGGGUCUCAGAGAACAGACAGUUUGGCAUCCAGCAAGGGUUGUCGUUUGUGCGGCGUUACUACGACAUGCGACUUGCCACCAAUCGAGUGAUCCUUCGCCAGGAAGCAGAGUACAACAUGGCGAAGGUGUGGCACGUGUUGGGCCUGACGCAUUUGGCGAUUCCAAGUUACGAGAAGGUGGUUGGCAUGAGCGCGGCUGUGCAGGAAGAGGCGCGCUCCGAGGGUCACAUCGGGGCACACACUACUGUUCAAGCGGAGGACUUCGCGAUGGAGGCGGCGUUUGCGCUGCAGCAGAUCUUUGCUUUAGCGGGCAACGUAGAGGCCGCGGCAACCGUCACGCAGGACGUUUUGGUGAUCUAGCGUUCAAGCAUAGGAGUUGGAGGUCAUCUAUUGUUUGCUACCUUCUGCCAGCACCGGCGGAUCUAAGUCGAUCAUGUGAGUACUGAGUGCGCGUUUCCAAUCACGCUAAGCAUUGUGUCAAAAUCUCUACCUCAUAGCCCAGUUCACGACUUGCUGAUGGCGCUACCACAAAGCCAGCACCGUUAA